AUGAAAGAAAAUCGUGAAUUUCAGAAAUCGGUUUUAGAUUUAGAGAAACAAGAGAGAAACCUACAGAAUGAUUUGGGCAAGUGUGAGAAAAGAGUCAAACAGUUGAACGGUGAUAUUAAAAAGCUUCAAGAUGAAAAAUCUGAGCUAAUGACGGCGCAAAAGAAAGGUGAUGCGGAGCUUUUACAAAAACUAACAACACAUUAACUGACUGUAAGAAGAGCAAUGCAAACCUUACUGCAAACCUGACGACUUGCCAAUCCGAUUUGAAAGACUCAAACACGAAGUUGCAAGACUCACAACAGAAGAAUGAAGCUUUAGAACAAGAUAAGGAUACACUAACCAAGGAUCUAAGUGCAACAAAGUUCACUUUGGGUAAUUGUAAGAAUAAGAACAUGGAUCACGAGGUCCGAAGUUUGGAAUUGCUUCAAGAAAUUGAAGGAUUGAAAAAAGAAUUAAAAGCAUGUUAA